CUGUUUGUUUGUUGUUAUUUUGUUCCUGGAUAUUAAACAGCCGGCCACACUGGCUCUUUCACAGACAUGCUGAUUAAAUGUUGUCUUUAUAAAUUAAUAAAUUAAAUGAAAUUAUUGGAUUUCUUUAAAUCCUCAAAUAUUAGUAUCAGACUCAAAAACGCAGUCUUAGUAAGAUAUCACUGAAAUCAGUGAAGUAUCUGUAAUUCAUUUUGGCGUAUGUUAUUCAGCUUCUUGAGAUCUUAUGUUGCAGUAACACUGAUGAUUGUUUGAUAUGUUUUUAAUUUAAAUAUCAAUAACAGAAAAGAUGUAAAAUACCGGUUGAGCAAACUGAGUUCUUCUGUUUGAUUUGAUCUUUUAUGUCAUCAAAGUGUAUUUCAUUUAAAACCUUCCUGCUGCUUGUGCAGCAUACGUGUGUGCUCUCUGUGUAUCUUUGGUCGUUUCUGUUUCAGCUUUCUGAAUGUUGGUUUCUUGCCGUCUGUAGUUCCGAUGCAGAAAACAUGGAGGAGCGUCAGAGAAGUGAGCGGACGGUCAGAGAGCCUCUGCAGGCCGUCGAUCCGGAGCAACACGAGCUGUCGGUCCGGAGGAAGCCGGCGUUAGUCAGAUCAAAGACCUUCGAUCACUCUCUGCUGACUCAGGUCCAGACGGACACGGACUCCAAGAUAGAGAGGAAGAAGUCUCACUACAGCCAGCUUUCAAAGAGCAACUGCCAGUACCAUAAAAUAUUCAAGGACAUCAGCAAAGAGGAACAGCUCACACAGAGUUACACCUGUGCUCUGCAGAAAGACAUCCUCUACCAGGGACGGAUGUUUGUCUCUGACCACUGGAUCGGCUUCCACUCCAAGGUGUUUGGAAAAGACACAAAGAUCGCCAUCCCAGUGAUGUCCGUCACGCACAUCAAGAAGACCAAAACCGCCAUCCUGCUGCCCAACGCCCUGGUGAUCGCCACCGCUAACGACAGGUACGUCUUCGUGUCCUUCAUGUCCAGAGACAACACCUACAAGUUCUUGAUGUCCAUCUGUCUUCAUCUGGAGGAGAAGAGUCCGUGCAGCAGCCCCGUCCCGUCCUCGGCUGCCAGCAGCUUCAGAAGUCAGAGGUCUCCUCUGCCGCCUUGCUGUCCUCUGAUAACGAGCGACCGGUCAAACUGUGCGUGUGUCCUGCAGAGCUUUCCCGCUGAUUUCUGUGACCUGGACGUCGCCGUGAGACAGAGGAGGCAGGAGAUGGAGGAGAGCAGCAGCUCGGACUCCGACAAGACAGCAGAGUUCCCUGUUCCUCCGUUUCUGGAUGCGUUGAAGCACACGAGCAGUGCAGCUCCGCCCGAGCAUCCAGACCUUCAGCACAAAGUGAAGAACCAGAACCAGAACCAGCACCAGCACCAGCAGAGCUCAGACAACAAGCAGCAGGACAAACACCACGCUGGAUCACAGCUGGUGAUCAACGGCCGGAUUCUGAGACCAGUUUCUCUCAACACUCUGCUGUUUGUCUACCUGUUACUAGUGUGUGUCCUGCUCUUGUCCUCUUGUUACUUGGCUCUUAAGAUCAUCUCAUUGGAGGAGAGGCUGACGACGCUCGGCUCCAUCACCGACUUCACCCACCAGGAACACGACUUUGUGACGAGGAGCGACGUGAACACGGAGCUCUUCUCUGAACUUCUGACCGUCAACCUGAUGAAGCUGGAGAAGGUCCGUCCGUCCGUCCGUCCGUCCCCGAGGUUUAUUUCAAGCAAAAAGGCUUUUCAAUCAGUUUACAAACAUUUCUGCAAAAAGUAAAAAGUCUGUAAAUAUCUAUCAAAUAUUCAGCUGCCAAAAUCCAUUCAUUGUCUAUUACCAAAGAAAUGAUAGUUGUUGUGUGACAUAACACCAUUAUGUCAGAGUAUCCGUUAAUCGCCUUUAUUUCCUACUUGAUGAACUCAUCUCCUCAGAUUAAACAGGACGCUGGUGCUCAGGAUGUUUCUCUUCGUGCGUGAGGAACAGAAACAGAACGUAACCGGCGUUAAUCAAACAUUUAUAGUCAGAGAUCCGUCGGUCUGUAAGGAGAGCUCGUCAUUAACGUUUCAGGCCGACACUCGUCUCCUCGCUGACAGACAGCAGCAGCUGACAGAAUGUCACCGACUAGUCCACCUCUAGAUCCUGAACCUGCUGCAAAUAUUACAGUUUAAAGAGUGGGCGCCUGGUCAAGCGGAGGUGAAGGUAGAAGCAUCACUGACAAUGCGGCCAGCAGCAGGUGAGACGGGCUCUUAUAAAUACUGAGGGUGUGAUUUGGGAAAUGAGGAACAGGUGAGCAGGUGGAUGUGGGAGUCUGGUGGGAAAGUCUGAGGCCCUCUGGUGGACGGAGGGAGGACGGCAAGUCUGGAGAGUUCCUUUGUAAUCCAUAAAUAUACAAGAUUAUAGAAAUAUUAGAAAUAAACUCAGUGGACCGGGACAAAUCACAUGUUCAGGAAAAGAAGAAGCAUUCUAUAGAUUAAUAUUUAUUAAUUUAAAUGUAUUUAUUUAUUCAUUUAUAACAUAAACACAACUAAUACUUUUAUGUCAUGGAGGAAUAGUUCAAUAUUUGUAUAUAAUGCUUAUGAGUGAGAUGGGAAGAUUGAUAUGUGUUUCGUACAGAUCUGGAGUCAGGGCGUGGUUAGCUUAGCUUAGCAUAAAGUGCCCCAAAAAAACACCUCUAACAAACACCUGGACCUCCUUUGUUUCUUUAUGUGCAAAUGAAAAUAAAUGAAAUAUGAAUAUAAAUAAUAAAUAAUGGUUGGACAUGAUGGUGUGGUGAGGUUGCAGGUUUGGAUCAUGCGUCUAUAUUUAGACGGUCUCCGAUUGGACUGUAGAUUUAGAUUCAUUUUUUAUUUAUUCCUGUUGUCCAAUAUCUGUACUUUACUUGCUAUAUGUUUGUUUUACUUCCAUUAUGACCGCUUAGAUAAUUAUGAUUUGGAAUAUUCCCUGAAAACGUGCAUUUCUGUUGUCUGGAAUAACGCUGUUGAUGCUGAUGAUGUUUCUGUGUUGUAUUUAAAAUCUAGAAAGAAAAUUUAUAUUUAAAAUAAACUGUAUUCCAUAGCUGGCACUAUAGCUGGACCUGCAGCACAGAAGUGCUGGGCGGAUGUAUACACUGCGGUUUGUCAAGAAAUAGUCCACAAGUUGUCUUUGAACAGAGCCAUGCUAACAGUUUCCCCCUGCUGCCAGUCUUUAUGCUAAGUUAGGCUAUUUACAUUACAGAAGCCUGUGAACUUUAAAAACAUACAUUAUCGAAAUAUAUCAUAGCAAUGUGCAUGUGGGCAUUUUUAGUAUUAUUGUUCAUUAUUAUUACGUCUGAUUAUCGUAUGUGUUUCUAUGCUAGGGUUUUUAGUAUUUAUAUACAUUUUAUUUCUUCUUUUAUUUUGCUCUAAUUUAACUUUUUUACUGUUUCACCACGAUCAAUUUUCUUAACUUUAUUUGAUGUGCAUUUUCUUCUCGUUCUCGUCUUGUCAAUCAUUUGUAAAGCACUUUGAAUUGCAUACUAUUUGUUUUAAAGGUGAUAUGUGAAUAACACUUGAUUGAUUGAUGUCAUACAGUAACAUUAACGCACCACGUCUGUCCUUUCAGGUGCAGAAGAACCUGCAGAGACUGCUGGACGAAGCUGCCUGAAUGUACUGGAGACCAGUAUAAUGUGCCGUUCACAGUUCUGUAAAUAUACUGUAAAUAUGUAGUUUAUUGUGGCAGAGGUUAUGAACUGAGAUGUGUUAAUGCAUUAACACAAAGGGCUUGAAAAUGAUACGCACAAACAAACCGUUAAAGAGCGCAGUGUUUCACCUGUAGCCACACCCCCGGCAGUGAUGUCACAGUGUACUGACACGCCCUGAGGUACACUUCUACAUCACUGGAGGUCAGCAAAAUCAAAAACAAAAAUACCAAACUCUCUGGUAUCAUUUUAAAUACAACAGUAUUACAAUAGUACUGCAUCUGCUUGAUGUAAAUGUAGUAGAAACAGCAGUAUUUUGAAGGCUCUGACAUCAGGUGAUCUCUUUAAGAAGGCAGUAACGCUACUUUAUAUUUUCCGCUCAUGUCGCUGUAUUUACUUUUAAACCGGUGAAGGUUUUUUGACCUCGGCUGUUCUUCGGUCACACUGAACUCACUUCUGGGGUCGAGGUUGUGUUCGCAGCACUAAACUGUAGUUCAGAAACAGACCCUUCUUUUUCGGAGCAUCCUUGAACACACCAUGGUCAGAAAGCAGAUUCAUUAAAUUCACUUUAAUGAUUAUUGUUUCCACCAUAUUGUUACUGACAGUGAAUGAUAUAUGAGAAGGAUGUUUAUUAUAGUGACUAUGUUUAUUAUCUCUAUGUGUUUGACAAUCAUCAGACAGUCCCAGCAGCCUGUACGGCCGCCUUCCACGGUGUCGUUCUUUAUUCGACCAGCGGAUGGCGCAGUAAUGUAAUUCUAAAACUCACAUAGUAGCUUUAAAACUUGUUGGCAGAACUUUUCCACUGUGAGCUUCACACAGCAGACUGUUACAGAGAAGUGAAUGACUGUGACUCUGUAAAUAUAGAAAUCAUACACACAUUUAAUGAUGUGAUUGUAUUUUCCUCUGACUGGGAAUAA